CAAGUUCCACCAAUGUAGAGAAGUUCUGUUCGUUGUAUUUUUUUGUCAAGCCAAACACAGCCUUAGAAGAUUUAGAAGAUUGCGUGCGGAAUCUCCGGAUCCGGAAGUCCUGGAUUUCCAAUUGGCAGGAAAUGGCCUUUGUUCCAACUUCCAACUUCCCAAUCGCUAGCGUAAAACUCGAUUGAGUGAAAACCGAAAAUCCAACCCAACCAAUCCAACAGGCCCAUAGCCGAUCAACUUCCACAUUUCGAAACCUGAUGGUUGGAAGUUGGAACAAGCACUCGAUCUACUAAACCCUAAAACCCUAACGGAAGAAGAGAGCAGCGGACCACCAAAGCACAGGCAAAGAAUUGCUGUCCGAGGAGAAUGGAAGAAUCUUUCGUCGAAGAGACAGAAAACAAUAAAGAAACUGAGGUUGCUCCAGCCCUAAUUGCAGUUCAUCCGACAGAGAAAUCUGUGGCUGUUGCUGUCGGCUCGGAGCUUCGUGUCUUUGAUUUGCAUGGAGAUUGCUCAGUUUCAUUGGUGGAUGAUUCUGGAAGGUCUUUUCAUACUGAUUCCAUAAAAGCAAUUCGGUUUGGUGCAAAAGGAAGGCUCUUUGCAUCUGCUGGUGAUGACAAGCUUGUCAAGAUUUGGACUACUGAUUCCUGGCAUUGCAUACGUACAGUGUGCUCUGAAAAGCGUGUGAGUGCAGUUGCUAUAAGUCAUGAUGGUCUUUUUGUUUGUUUUGCUGACAAAUUUGGUGUAGUUUGGGUUGUGGGUCUAGAUGAUAACAGUGAAAAUCAGUCUUCUAUCAAUACAAAGGGAGCACCGAUCCUUGCUCAUUAUUGUAGUAUCAUAACUUCUCUGGAAUUUUCUCCUGAUGGGCAAUUCAUUGUUAGUGCUGAUCGGGAUUUUAAAAUUCGAGUUACAUUGUUCCCUAAGAAACCUCUAAAUGGAGCUCAUGAGAUACAAAGUUUUUGCCUGGGUCAUACAGAGUUUGUAUCCUGCCUCGCCUUUGUUUGUUCUUCAGAUUAUCCAAAUGGGUUUCUUCUCUCUGGCAGUGGUGAUUCAACUGUCCGCUUGUGGGAUUUUACUUCUGGAUCCCUUCUUGAUACCUGUGAAGUUGGGGCAGAGGCAGGACUUGUAGAAUCUGAUAGAGAAGAAGUCUGCCAGCCUGCUGUCACUGAUAUUUGUGCCUCUUCUGAUGGUUCAUUAGUUGCAGUGGCCAUACAGAGCUUGCAUGGAGUAAUGCUUCUGAGCUGUGACCUUUCUAUGGGAAGACUUUCUGUUGUCAAGGUGGUUUCAAUGGAUAUUUCCAUCCCUACAAGUCUAGGGAUGAGCUCUGCAGAUCACUUGUGGAUGGUCACUGGUGUCUCCAGUAUACCUGGCACCAAAUUUCCAUCAUUGGCCCGUGUGAGGGUUUUCUCUGGUUUGCAGAAGGAUAAUCUAAACACUAGCAAAUGUGGACCAAUUUUGUUGAAAGAUACUGAUGUUCCAGGGGGAGAAAAGUUACUUGAAAAAUUACAGGGGAGUCUGUCCAUUGUGGAAGAAGAAAAGGUGUUGGAAGAAGCGGCUGAAGCAGUGAAGACAGCAAUGCAUAAUUUGUUAAUUAAAAGGCCGUAUUCUGUAGAGAAGCGUGAGUUAAGAAAGAGGAGCAGAAAUGAUAGAAAGCUGAAAAGUUGUUAGUAGGUUUUAUAUGAAACUGGUAGCGGUUGAUUCCUUACCGCCGGAUCAGACAGGGUGUUGGGGUUCUGGGAUACGGCCUUAAGAUUUCAGAGGAUUGUUGUCGAUAAAAAUGAGAAAAAGAAUAAGAAAAGGGGAAGAAGAAGAAGGUGGAUGAGAAAGAGAAGAAGAAGAAUUUAUCGUCAGUCUCUGGUCGUCGAUUGAUGCCUCACGCUCAACUUCAAUUGUUGUUGUGGCCGGUGGUCUAGUUACAGUAUAUUGAGAUUUGAGAGAGAGUGGGAGGGGAGUUCGAAUGAGAGAGGAAAGUAUUAUUGAGUUUUAUUGUUUUUUUUUUUGUCUUUUAGUGGCUGGUCAACCAGUUGGACCAUUAUUAACCGAGCAGCCCCGUUAAACUCCUGUUAACUUACUAAGAUGACGUCUUCAUUUUUCAUUGGCAGAUGCACGCUUCCUGUGCAGCGAAGGGUCCACAGGAUUCACGCUCAAUGCAUGUUGUUGUUUGGUUC